AUGAUGAUUACGAGGAGAUUGAUACAUACGUCCAAGCCAAGAUUAUCCCUUUUAAGUGAUUGGUUUGGACAAAAGAAAACCUCAGAACCUGUUAAACCUCAGGAGCCAAAAGUUAAGAAAGAUUUAAUCAAAGAUCAAGAUGAUUUCGAGACUAGUCAAUCCAAGAUAGUUUUCUUAAAUCGUGAUAAUUCACCUAAUAUCAAGAAAUUCAAUGCUGAGGUUGAUAUGCCAGACUUUAAAAUAACUACAUGGAAAUCCAAAAACUUAACUCGUCAAGAAAUAGAAAAUUCUUAUGAUGCAAAUUAUAUAAAUUCCAAAUUAUUAGACAUUUACAAAUCUUUAAAGAAUGAAGAACCGACUUUAAAUACUGAAUUAUCGGAUUUAUCUUUCAGAUUCCAAUAUGCCAAAACUGUCCAAUCAGAAUUAGGUAUUGACAUUCCAGAUUUAAGUCUUACCAAAUCUCAUACCAUUUCCAUAUUAAAUGAUGAAAUCUUAAAUAUUAUUUCCAAAAGAUUUAAGAGUGAAAGAAAUCCUAACGAUAUCAAUUUGAGACCUGAAGAUUUCAACGCUUCUAAUGUUUAUGUUAACCAAGAAUUAAAUGAAGCUCAACAAGCAAAGAAAUUUAAAGAAUUAGUUGAAAAAGCUAAACAAGAAUUAUAA